AAGAUGAAAUUACUCAACAGUGCAAAAAGUGCUCGCGAGGAUCGAGCCAUCGAACGAAACAAAGUACUGGCCGCCACUAAAAUACAGUCAGUUGCAAGGGGCUUUUUAGCCAGAUGUACAUUCAACAAGGUUAUAAGAUUAGACCUUGAUUCUAUACUUCAGAUUCCAGUAAACACCAAUGAUGAAUACAAGCCAGCAUUGAGACCAGCUUUAGAGUUCUUUCAUGCUGUUGAAAGGUUCCUAAUGGUCUUCAAAGAACAGAAAGAUAUGCAGAGGUUCGAACACAUAUGUAGAUACAUACUGAACUCCAUGAGUGCUGAGGUUCUGAAUAAGAACGUGUAUGCGUCCGUAGCACUGUCAAAAGAGAGCUUGAUCCAGUGGAUAAACCAAUUGAAGAGACUACUGUUAAUAAGUUUGCAGUAUUUCAAUGUACUGAAAUGUGAUAGAGUGAAGGAUAUGAAAAUGAUAACGGCAAUGUUACACUUCCAAAUAACAUUCACAAGCUGCUCAACUUGGAAAUUCUUGAACAAUUCGAAAAAUGGAGAUCAGUUAAAACCUGGGAUGGAACAGCUAUGCAAAAAUUGCAUGGGACACAUUACAUCUAAUGGCUUAUAUUCAUUUCUAAGGACUCUAUUGAUAUCUGGUCUGUGCAAAUCAAAACCAUUGCUAAAGCCGUCAAUGCUCACUGCCAUCAUUACUAUCGCCAUCAAGCCCUUAAUGGCUUCUGAAUAUUCAGAGAGUUUGUUCGUUUCAUUCAUCCUUGAAAUUUUAUCCGUUCCCUCUCUCGUUCACCACAUAAUUACUAUGUCUGCUGAGAGUUUGACCUUGAUGAUGUCACAGAGAAUCUUUUCAAUGACCUUGACCGUCUUAGACGAGAGACAGAAUGCCAAAAUUAUUUUUCACGCUCUUGAAGGGAACUAUGCUCUGUGUCUGCUGGCUAAUCUGAUACAGCUGGGCAAUGCUGAAAAAGAGGUAAUGAUGACGAUCUUGAUGAUGAUGACGACGAUCUUGAUGAUGAUGACGAUGGCGAUGAUGAUGAUGCUAUACGUUGAAAAUAAAAAAUCCUUCCUCACACAUUGGCAUCCUAUCUUGGGCUGGUUUGCCCAGAAAACUGACCCAAACUUAAACGAAGCAAUGCCAGCAGUGAUUAAGCAGAUCUCAGAGCUGUGGAACAUUAGAAUGAUUCACCUUCUCUUCGAACCGCUAUUCACAUUUGCCUUAUCAAUCGAACCAGCUGCUACUACACCUGCUGCCACUGCAGCUGCUGCUACAGCUGCAACAAGCUUUAAGAUAAGCAAUAAUAAUGAUGUAGUUGUUGCUGGCAGCGGGUUUACUGGCUGCAAUGCGAAUUUGAUUUCCGAUACGUGCUCUGCCUGCAAGGUGUAUAUGACUAGUCUGUCGUGUCUAACUCAACUCAAAAUGGAAAUAAUGGCUGGACUUUGUUUUCAAGACAUACUUCUUCCUCGUUUGUGGACUUUGAUUACUCAUUUAGGACCACAAUGUGGGCUCAAGGUGUUUAUUGAAGUGUUGUCGGGCCAUACCAGUUCGACGACGGUGGGUCCUCAGCAUCCGUUAUUCAACCUACUGCAGUUGGCUUGCGACAUGGCUAGACACGUUAUGACUAUCGUAGAUGAGGUGGAAAUGUACGAGCAAGAAUAUCCCUUUCCAAUGCAGAUGCUCAUGUCGAUCAGUUAUUUCCUCAACAACUUCACGUACGGAAGCAUUGCUAGUGGUUAUAUCGACAUCAAAAAAGCAGUAUCAGAUGAGUUAUUCGUCUCGACGAUGUCUUUGCUAGAACUUUUGCAUUCCAGAGAUUGUAGGAGGAAAUUUGCUCACGAUGGCCACUGGCUUAUUAAAGAUAUUAAAUGCAAAGAAUUUUUGAACGAUCUCUCGCACAACAAGCCCAUACCGACCUUCCUACUGCAUCACAUGCCUCAUAUUAUACCGCAUAGAGAAAGAGUAGCCCUGUUUAGAAAAUUUGUAACAAAAGAUAAGGAAAGCUUAGGCGUGUGCAAUACGCCGCACUCAUUAGCACCAGCAUCUACUGUUAUAACUGUACAUAGGAAUAGACUUGUGGAGGACGGGUACAGGCAGUUAGGAAACUUGACCUCAACUGCCCUCAAAGGGGUCAUCAGGGUCAAGUUCAUCAACGAACAGGGCCUAGACGAAGCGGGCAUAGAUCAGGAUGGCGUAUUUAAAGAAUUCCUUGAAGAAACUAUACGAAGGGUUUUUGAUCCAUCUCUAAAUCUUUUCAAAGCCACUGGGGAGCAGAAGUUGUACCCCUCGCCAACGUCCUACCUGCAAGAAAGUCAUCUCCUACUGUUUGAAUUUGUUGGUCGAGUGCUUGGUAAAGCAGUCUAUGAAGGAAUUGUAGUUGACGUGCCGUUCGCCUCAUUCUUCCUCUCUCAGCUCUUGGGACACACGCACUCGGCCACCUAUAGCUCAAUCGACGAACUACCAUCUCUCGACCCCGAACUCUAUAAAAAUCUCACAUACAUUAAACAUUAUCAAGGUGACCUGAGUGACCUUGACUUGACCUUUUCAUACAACGAAGAUAUCCUGGGCAAGGUCGUGACCCAUGAACUUAUUCCCGGCGGUAAAAUGGUGUCUGUGACGAAUGAAAACAAGAUCAGCUACCUACAUCUAAUGGCUCAUUUCAAAAUGAGAGUCAUCAUCAAGGACCAAUCAAACGCCUUCAUUCGCGGCUUCAAAUCCAUAGUCAACUCUGACUGGUUGAGCAUGUUUUCAGGGCCGGAACUACAAAAACUCAUAUCCGGGGACACCGAUGAUAUUGAUUUAGAUGAUCUGAGAAAAAACACCCAUUACUAUGGUGGCUUCCACAACAAUCACAAAGUCAUCGAUUGGCUCUGGGACAUCUUGAAGAGGGAUUUCAAUGCAGAGGAGAGAAGGUCAUUUCUGAAGUUUGUAACAAGUUGUUCGAAAGGACCACUGCUUGGUUUCGCUUAUCUGGAGCCACCGUUCUCCAUCAGGUGUGUCGAAGUCAGUGAAGAUCAGGACGUUGGAGACACGGUGGGCAGUGUCCUGAAGGGUUUCUUCAAUAUAAGAAAAAAAGAUCCAGUCGGUCGGUUACCAACUUCAUCGACGUGUUUCAAUCUCCUGAAGCUGCCCAACUAUCAAAAAAAGAGUACGCUUCGAGAAAAAUUGAGAUAUUCUAUAGCCAGCAAUACAGGAUUUGAGCUAUCUUAAAUUGUAGAAUCAGAAUGUUUAAAAAUUAUGGUUAAUUAUUGCAAAAAUACUGGACUUGAGCUAUUUUGAAUUGUAAAAUUGUGUAUCGAAUUGUAUGAUGAUUAUGAUUUGUGAAAUUUUUUACUUCUUGUAAAUAUUUUAUAUUCUGUACAUCAAUUUAGUAAAUCCUCAUAAAUUUCAUACGUUUUUCUUGACAGCCAUCACUGUUACUAUUUGAUGUUUGUAUCUUAAUUUGUAUAAAAAAAAUUAAUGAUCCAUCAAAACACUAUUUAAACGC